GAAGGCUCCAAAUCCCAAACAACAAGCUAGCUAUAUAGCUCAGAAAGAAAUGACAAUCCGUUGCAGCUCCCCAAAAGAAAGUGUAUAGCAUCUACAUUGAUUGAGAUCACAGAAGAUGACAUCUACAUCUACUACUACUAGUGGACAAGGAAGUGACAAAGAAAACGACUCUGCAGUCUUUGAUACCCUCAAGGACUGGAUUGAGAAAGGUGGGGGGACGGUUCAUGCAGGUCUUUUUCUAGGGAGACAAAAACAGGGAUCUUUGGCUCAUGGGAUGCGUGGGAUUUUUACCCAGACGGCCAUUCCCAAGGGCGAACUGCUGUUGAAGGUUCCUUCCAAGCUGGUGCUGAGUGGAGAAAAGCUUCCCCGCAAGUUCAAGGAUCGAAUUGCCAGUCCUUGGUUGCGUUGCUUGGCGUGUAUCUACAGUGCUCAACAGGGAGACAGGGAACCGUACCUGGCGUCGCUUCCUGCCUCGUACGAAACACUGUGGCAAUGGCACGAUGACCAAGUUCAAUAUCUAGAGGGAACCACGUUGGGAGAGACACUCAAAGCGGAUCGAACCGACGGAUCUCUGGAGCAACGAUACGAGGAAUAUGUCAAACCGUACCUGAGGUUUCUCAAGAUUAUUGGCAAAAAGAAAGAACAGGACAAUCCCAUGCAAGCCUUUCGACAAGCAUCCAUGUGCAUCUCCACCAGGGGUUUUCACAUGAAACCAGAGGAAGCCGAUAUUGGAAAGGAAACCUACAUGGGACCCUUUCUUCUGCCACUGAUUGAUUUGCUCAACCACAAUCCAGCCAACAAGGCGACAACCUUGCAGAGAGACGCAGGUGGUUUUUACAUGGUGGCAGAAAGGGAUAUUGACAAGGGAGAAGAAAUUGUGCAUUCCUAUGGAGACACACUCACUGCGGCACAAGUGUUGCAAACCUUUGGAUUCGUACCAGAGUCCAUGAUUCGACAAGCCACGGGAGAAUUGGCAGUAGCAUCAGCAUCUGCUAGUACUAGUACGACAAUCACUCCCGCCAUCUUUUCCAAAGAAGAACUGGUCGCUGCCUGUAUGUCCGUCAAGAACUCGUCCUCUCCCAAACAACUCCAGCAGGCCAUGAAAGACAAUGAAAUAGAGGGGGAAGUCUGGGACCUACCCAAGGAUGCCGAAAAGAGAGACAUGUCCUUGAUACCAGAUCAGCUUCUUGUGGUGCCAUCCGAAAGCAGUAAUAAUAGCUUUAUCAGUGACGAAAUGGUCACUCUGUGUGCCAUUCAAAUGCUACCAAAGGAUGUCUACGACGAAAUAUUCAAUGAGGACGAAGAUCCCAAACUACUCGGCCAAGAAAUUCUGGAAGAUUACUUUCUUGGAAAGCUGGCACUCAUGGCGAUACUCACUGCCACAAAGACAAAACUAGCAACGUACACUCCGCUUUCCAAUGUCCCUGGAAUUACUGAUAAAGCCAAAAAGGAAGAAGACGAUGAUGACAAGCAUAUUCUCAAAGAGCUGUUGCAACUGGAAACAUACAGUGCGUCUGCGUUGCGAGCCCUAUAUGGGAUCACAAUCCGCUUGGAGGAAAAGGCGACACUGCACGAGUUGCAAACGGAAGCGGUUUCGCUCAUGGCGGCGUUGGACGACGAAGAUGGUGACGAUGAUGACGACGACGACAGACCCGCAAAGAAAAUGAAAAGUGCCAGUGAGUAGAUGAAACUGUGUAAUAGUAGUCACCUAGCUAGAUUGUUUCCC